GCCGGACUGGCGGCACCUGCGGGAGCCGUUGCUGCCGCUACCGCCGCCUGAGCAGCAACCCCAGCAGCUCCUUAAGAGGCAGCAGCAGCGGGGGCGGCAGGAGCAGAAGCUAAAGCGGCAGGGGGAGGUUGUUGUUGAGGGCAAGACAAGCCAGUCGCGCGAUCCGCAACAACAGCAGCAACCCCUUCUGCAGUGCCAACAGCUGCAGCUGCCGCAGCAGCAGCAGCAGCCACAUCCGCAUCCAGAGCUACCACAGCCUCAACAGCGGCCUCAACAGCAACAGCAGCAGCAGCCGUAUCCGCAGCUACCACAACCUCAGCCACAGCAGCAGCAACCACAGCAGCAGCCGCAGAAACGCGGACGAGGGCGGCCUCGCCGCCACCCCGCUCCCGCUCCUCCCUCUCUCCAGCCGCCACAACCCCAACCAAAGCCGCUUCAGGAGGUGGUUAGCCUCCUGGACAGUGACAGCGGCGACGACAGUGACGUUGUGGAGGUACCCCUCCCGCCCAAACCCACAGCACCCCUCGCCACCACCGUCACCUCCUCCUGCUGUCCUGAAGACCAGCAACAACAACCGCCGACAGCAAACAACCCCCCGUUGCCUGCACACAUGCAGCCCCCGCAGGGCGCCCAACCACCAGCAGCACAACCGCUGCAGCCUUGCACUCAACAACGAGAACAGUCGCAACAGCAGCCGCACCCGCAUGGGAAUGCUCCCGUACCCGCAACAGCAGCCACCACCGCCGGCGUCAAGCCGCACGGCACCGUCCAAACCGCACGGGGGCGACGGCAGCGGCCAACAAAACGGACCGCACCCUCACUGCUGGCGCAGUCCGACGGCGCCGCCGCCGCCGCCGCAACCGCUACAACCGGCAGCUCGGUGCCGCUGGCGCCACCACUUUCCUCCUCCGCACUGCCAACAACGGGACUUGAUCCAGCCCUCGCCCCGAACGCCGCCCCCGAGGGGAUUGACGGAGGAGGACUGCCUCAGCCCCUGCAGCAGCAGCGGCAAUUGACCAUGCCGUCAGCAGCAGCAGCAGCGACACCAGCAGCAGCGGCAGCCGCACCUCCAGCACCGCCACUACCACCACCGGCACCGGCGGCAGCACCACCGGCACCAGGUGCACCAGCACCCCCACCAGCAGCAUCACCACCCCCACCAGCACCAGCAGAUGCCCCGCUGCUGCCGCCUGCCCCGCUGCAGCUGCGUGCGCCCCCGGGCCGCCCCGUGUGCCGGCCCGCCUGGAAUGUGACACCCCUGGACCCCGCCAGCUGCGGGGCGGCACCUGCACGGGGGGAGCGACUCAGGUCCUCCCGGCUGCCGCUGCCCCUCCGGCUGCUGCGGGAGCGGCUGGGCGGCCGCAGCGGCACCCUGCGGCUGUUCGUGGAGCGAGACGGCUGGGUGGACGGAGUCACGGCAGCUGGCUGCGCGACAGUGGCUGGCGAUAGUGAUGGUGAUGAGAAGGAGGAGAGGCAGGAGGAGGAAAAAGAGGAGCAGGAAGAGGAGGGAGGGGAAGAAAGGCCGACCACCCUUGCGGGCCUCCCGCCGCAUGUCCGCGGCUGCUACUUCCUGGGCUGGGGCGUAAUGCCGGGGGGCAGUCUGGUGCUGCGGGUGGCCUCACAACAGCAGCCCUCCCCGCCAGAGGCUGCGGAGCCGGAAGAGAGGGCGCGCUGGAGCGCUUGGAGGAGCCGACGGGACCGGAAGUCGCCUGUUGUUGCUGCUGCUGUGGGGCCUGUGGGCUGUGCGGGCCAGGUUGGGACUGAGGGGGGUCGAGGAGGUGAUGGGGUUGUGGUUGAUGGGGCUGGAGGUGGUGGGGGAGGUGCUGUUGCUGGCGGCAGUGCAGGGGCGG